AUGCCUCCCCGCGGAUUCACAAACCCAGCGCCAAAAACCGACAGCGCAAAACAAGCAGUCAAGUCCUUUUACUGUACUUCUUCCCGCCGUAUUUCCAAUUGGCUCAUGCUGAUUAAAGAGACAGGCGAACUAUGCAGCAAAGGCUAUGCCCGUAUGAACGAAUAUGAAGCGCACCUUUCCUCCUACGACCACUCACACAAACAGCGCUUGAAAGACAUGCGCCAACUUACACGCGAUCCACUCGCAUCAUCAAAAGCGCGAAAGGCGGAAGCGAAAGCUGAUAAAGGGAUGGGGCUUAUCAGUAUCAAACUUGGAGGAGAAGGGGGAGUGGAGGGAGGAGAGAAAGUUGGGAGUGGAAGUGGUAAUGGGUUCAAGAAAGGUGGGUUUAAGAAGGCGGGCUUCAAGAGUGCUUUUGCACCAGCUUCGGAUGGGGUUGAGUCAGAGCCUGCUGUGGUGAAGAGUGAGGAGAGGAGGAGUAGUGUGGAUGAAGGGAGGAUUGAAGGUUUGCAGGGCGGAGAGAGUGAUACAGAUGAGGAUUAUGAGAUGUAUGAUCCGAGGUUUCCUACGGAUUGA